CGCGCCGCCCGCCGUCGUGCCGACAUCGCCGCGGGAGCUUGCAUUCCGCGCGAACUCGUCCGUGAUAUGUCUCACACGCGCCGUUCACAGCUCACGGGGACUACACGUGGCAUUGCGAUAUAUUUCUGAGAUGAACGCUACUCGUCCGCUCGACCCGUUCAACGAGAGUCAGUGGUUGCACCACAUCGCGACGGUGGAACAGGUGGGCGCGUUCCGCAUGGGUCACCUGCUGCUGAUGACGGCGAUCUUCGUCGCGGGAAUGAUCGGCAACGUGCUCACGUGCCUGGUGAUCUACUGCGACCGCAGCAUGCACAACGUCACCAACUAUUACCUGUUCAACCUUGCAGUGUCGGACCUGGUGGUUUUAAUAAUUAUGUUCAUAGAACUUAUAUACAAAGUUAGGCAGUUGUCGGAUCAGCAAGACGAGUGGGGCGACUUGGAUUGCAAAGUGCAGUUCUUCAUGGUGGGCGCCCUGUGGAACAACGGCGUGCUGAUCAUGACGGCGCUGGCGGUGGAGCGGUACGUGGCCGUGCGGCACCCGCUGGCGGCGAAGAGGCGGCGCGUGCGGCGGCGCGUGGCGCGCGUGAUGGCGGCCGUGUGGACCGCCGCCGUGCUGGAGACGCUGCCCGACGUGUUCGUCAUCAGGCUGGUGGAGACGCGGGUCGGGCCGGUGUGCUUCGUGGCGCUGACGUGGUACACGCGCGUCAUCAACGCGGCCACCGCCGUCGUCACGUUCCUGCUGCCGCUCACCGUCAUGCUAUACAUGUACAUCGCCAUCGCCAUCACCGUCAAUGCCGGCCAAAACCAAAAUCACGGAGAUAAUAUAUUUAACCAUCGGAAUCACAGGAAGAAAGUCAAUAAUCUUAUCAUGGCGCUGACGCUGUCGUUCCUGGUGUGCUGGCUGCCGCACUUCGGCCUGCGCGUGCUGGUCGCGUUCGGAACCCCGCGCGUGCUGCUCAUCCUCCCUCAGUACCUGGUGCUGUGGUACGAAGCGGUGGGGGUGAGCGCGUGGUUCAGCUCGGUGCUCAACCCGCUACUCUUCAGCCUUAUGUCCACCAAGUUUAGGAAAGCACUAAAGAAUCUAUGGUACACCAAACUUUUGAGGCGAAAUUUGGGAAGUAUUUACGAACCUUCGACCAUAAAUUGCAGAGUUGGAUCACAUUCAUAGGACUCAAUCUUAAAAUCUUUCUGUUGCAACGCACCUCUCACCGAACUAUUAUUUAUUACUUGUAGGCAAUUAAUUGUGGCGACAUCUAUUUUCUACUAUUGUAUUGGCAGGGAAGCGCUGUACUUAUAUAAUUAAAGGAUUAACCUGUGGUUUCUUUAUCUAAUGAAAAUAGUCCUUAGAACCAUAUUAUAAUAACAUUAUAAUCUCAGAAACUAUGUAGGUAAUAUAGGUACACGCCUUAUCAUACAACACGACGAGAAUACAUACAUACAUAUAGGGUUGCCAGGUCGCCAAACCUAAUAGCCGGACAGACCAGCCAGUUUGGCCGGAUAUUUGGCUAAAAAAGCCGGACACCCUAUAUUAUCGGUAGUCGGCUCUCGUCGCCUGCGCUCGGCCACGGCUCUCGCUUGUUUGCGGAAUGUGAAAAGCUUAACAAAAGACGGACACCGUUUAUUUAGGCCGGACAUGCGUUCAAAAAGCCUAAAUAUGUCCGGCUUAAUCCGGACGCCUGGCAACGCUACAUACAUACAUACAUAUGGUCACGUCUAUAUCCUUUGUGGGGUAGACAGAGCCAACAGUCUUGAAACGACUGAUAGGUCACGUUCAGCUAUUUGGCUUAAUGAUAGAAUUGAGAUUUUAAUAGUGACAUGUUGCUAGCCCAUCGCCUAUAAAAAGAAUAAAAAACGCAAAUGAAAAAC